CUCUCCGGAGAGCAAGAGUCCUAGUUCUCCUGUGUGUAAAGAUAAACCACGGCCACCAUCAUCAAGCCCUUCUAGUAUUUCCCGUCGUACCCCUUCACUAGACAUACUUGCUGCUCCAUAUCUUGCUGGGCAAUGGCCUCGUGAUAAUCAUGGGCAAGUCACACCUUGUAUGAGGGAUAAAGCCACACAGACUGAGAGUGCUUGGGCUGAAGAAUACUUGGAAAAGAAAAAGGGAUCUCAUAAGCGCUCGGCGUCUUGGGGCAGCACAGACCAACUCAAAGAGAUUGCCAAGUUACGCCAGCAAUUGCAAAGAAGUAAACACAGCAGCAGACACCACCGUGAUAAAGAAAGACAGUCUCCAUUCCAUGGUAAUCAUGCAGCUAUAAACCAGUGCCAGGCUCCAGUCCCAAAGAGCAUGCUGGUUCCUGUGAUACCAAUAGCUAAGUCAAGUGGAUCCCGUUUCCGUAAUAGCAUAGAAGGGCUGAAUCAGGAGAUUGAAAUAAUCAUAAAAGAGACUGGAGAGAAAGAAGAACAACUUAUUCCACAAGAUAUUCCAGAUGGGCAUCGAGCGCCACCUCCUUUAGUGCAGCGUAGCAGCAGUACUCGCAGCAUUGACACACAGACUCCGGGUGGAGCAGAGAAAGGCAGUAACAACAGCAGCCGAUCUCAGUCUAUUUCCCCUAGCUCCUUCCUGGCUAUCUCCAAUGAGGGCAGUGAGGAGAGCCCUUGCUCUGCAGAUGACCUGCUUAUGGACCCCAGAGAUAAAGAGAAUGGAAACAAUUCUCCUCUGCCCAAAUAUGCUACAUCACCAAAGCCCAACAACAGCUAUAUGUUCAAGCGUGAACCUCCUGAAGGCUGUGAGAAAGUCAAAGUUUUUGAGGAAAGCUUGCCAAAACCUUUGCAUGAAAUUCCAGCCUUUUAUUGUCCUGACAAGAAUAAAGUUAACUUUAUUCCUAAAAGUGGCUCUGCCUUCUGCCUUGUCAGCAUUCUCAAGCCCCUUCUUCCCACACAAGAUCUUACACUCAAAGGUGCUACUCAUAAUCUGACCGUCACGACUGGUAUGACCCCCACGCUGCUGCAACCUCUUUCCAUGGCCUCCCUUUCUGCAAACACAGACCAGGAGCGGCUCUCUCGUGGAACGAGCAAAAUAAUAUCACAGAUGUCUGUGCUCCAGCAGUCAGGACAUAGCGAAGAAACUGAAGGAUAAGCUCCGCGUGGCUAUUUGGGGGGAGGGGGGGCGGUUAUGGAAACAACUGUGAUUAAACUUUCCAGAUGACAUCUCUUUACAUCACAACAGACGACCGUUCCAUAAACAGGUCAUAGGUAGUAUCAUAUACACCCUGCCAUGAAUGCCAGCCUCCUGUGAGAUCUAGGAAAAAAAGGAGCAGCCGAGAGCCAACUGCAUUUGUCUUGGGAUGGUUCAGGUGCAGACUCUGAGCAUGCUGCUUUGGUACCAUAAAGAAGGGAGAUCUCCACAACUCCUCACAACUGGAGGGACCAUUUUUUUUUU